GUUCGAGGGCUCCACUGGUGGCUACAUGUCCCGCUCCACCCGGGAGAGGCACGCCAUCACCUGGACGGCCAAGGGCCAGGCCAAGUUCGAGAUGCCCACCGGUGGCUUCGCCAUCAUGAAGAAGGAGCAGUGCAUCGCGCUCGGCAAGCAGCUGCGCAAGAUGAAGAUCGAGAACUACAAGAUCUACCGCCUGAAGAAGGAUGGCACCGUGAUCUUCAUGCACCCGGCUGAUGGUGUCUUCCCCGAGAAGGUGAACAAGGGACGUGUGCAGGUGAACGGCCGCCCCUUCACCAUCCGUGGCAACCCUCAGCAGUCCGAGCUGAAGUUCACCAAGUACCAGGGCAAGGGCUACGAGGCAGACCCCUUGACCACCAUGUUCGUCAAGGCCCGCGUCAUGGCCUUCGCGGAUGUGCCCAACCUGUUCGCUCUGCCCCAGCCCAACAUGGACGAGCUCGUGCCGGCCGAGGAG